AAUAGAGAUAUUAGUAUUAUAUUUCACUUAAUAGCUGACAUUGUUAGGUAAAAAAAAACCUCGUUUGUACUGGACAUGUUUACAAUAAUUGUAUCGGUUCAGAAGGGGGCGUGUUCGUUAUGCAAAGCCAUAACGUUAGCGUGCUGAGCUUUAGUGCAUGCAACACAUCUUUUACUUGGCUGUGAUCUUUCUUGAGUUCAGAGCUGUCGUUCGUGAAGAUUUCCUCAAACUAAAGCUUUGAUUUAAAGAUUUGUCACAGUUAGGAAGUUUUGUAGGAUUCAGUGGCACACUUGCCUGCACAAAACACACUAAACAUCUCAUCUAGGCUUUCUGCAGUAAAGAUGGCAGCCUCUUUGCUCAGGGUAGGACGACUCGGAUCUCUCAGGUGUUUGCAGACGGAGGGCUUGAGUUCCAUCAGAACAGCUCCUGCUGUAGCUUUCAGCUCCAAAACUGGGGACAGCAAGAAGUCCAAAAAAUCUAACAAAGAAAAAGCAGCACCAAAAACUUACUUCGAUAUAGAAAAACUUGUCCAGCACAAAUCAUAUGUGGAAUUCCCCAAGAAGGAGGUUGCAGCUGCGGUUGCUGCUGCCUCCACAGAACCUUCAUCUGUUGCUGCCCCUGCACCUGAACCGGUUGAAACCACUACUGCUGUUGAAGCCGCUGCCCCCGCAGCUGAAGCCCCUGCUCCUGUAGCUGAAGCCCCUGCCCCCGCAGUUGAAGCCGCUGCCCCAGUGGUUGAGGCCGCUGCCCCUGCAACCGAAGCCGCUGCCCCUACAGCCGAAGCUGCUGCCCCAGUAGUUGAGGCUGCUGCCCCAGCAGCUGAAGCCCCUGCUCCAGUAGCUGAAGCCCCUGCCCCAGUAGUUGAAGCCGCUGCCCCAGUAGUUGAGGCCGCUGCCCCAGUGGUUGAGGCUGCUGCCCCAGUAGUUGAGGCUGCUGCCCCUGUAGUUGAGGCCACUGCCCCUGCAGUUGAGGCCGCUGCCCCUGUAGUUGAGGCCGCUGCCCCAGUAGUUGAUGCUGCUGCCCCUGUAGUUGAGGCCGCUGCCCCAGUAGUUGAUGCUGCUGCCCCUGUAGUUGAUGCUGCUGCCCCUGUAGUUGAUGCUGCUGCCCCUGUAGUUGAUGCUGCUGCCCCUGUAGUUGAGGCCGCUGCCCCCACAGUUGAAGCCGCUGCCCCUGUAGUUGAAGUUGCUGCCCCCUCAGUUGAAGCCACCACUGCCGCUGAAGCUGCUGCCCCCUCAGUUGAAGCCAGCCCUGCAGCUGAAGCCGCUGUCCCCGCAGCUGAAGUUGUUGUGCCUGCAGUUGAAGCCGCUGCCCCUGCAGCUGAAGCUAUUACGCCUACACCCGAGGCCACAGUUGCCCCUUCAGAAACCAUUGCUGAAACAGCUCCCCCUGCAGCUGAAUCUGUGGCUCCUGAAACCUCUACUGCACCAGCCUGUGAAGAUGCACCAGCAGAAGAAGCCCCUGUUCAAGAAGCAGUUGCUGAAGUUGUGGAAGCUGUCAGUGAAGCAGAAGUUGUGGCAGAAGCAACCCCAGCUGUAGAGGCUGUCACUGAGGUAGUAGCAGAAUCUGGCCUUAUUGAGGCGGUUGCAGAGGCAGCUCCUGCUGAAGAGCUGAUAGAUCCUGCUCCUGUGAUCACAGAUGCUACUGAAGUUCCAGCAGAAGUUGUGGAGACGCCUGAGGCUGGAUUGGACCCCAUUCAGAAACUUUUCCUAGAUUCAAUUCGUGCAUACUCCACAAAAAGCGGCGCUGCUGGUGGUCUAGUUGAUGCCGGUCCAGAGUAUCAGAAGGCUCUUGCUGAGGAAAUAACUAAACUUCAGCGGUUGUACGGUGGUGGUGAUCUGUCUUCCUUCCCAGAGUUCAAAUUCCCUGAGCCUAAAUUUGAUGAAGUGUCCUCCAAGUAAACCUCUGUUGUCCUCUUCUGUGCCUCAGUGCAAUUUUGUGAAUGACUUCAAUCUGUAAAAGUGAACAUUUUGUGAAAUUUUUUAUUUUGUGAGGCUCUAAAUACUAAAUAGCUAUUUUUCAAAAAUUCUUAUGUCUGAUGGACAAAACUACCAGUUUCAUGUAUAAUACACAUAUGAAAGGGAGCAUAGCUUAGCUGUGAAAUAAAUGCUUGUUGCUUUUCAUAAUGUUUGUUAGUGAGUUUGUGUAAAGUGUCUAGGAAAAGAGCUGAAUAAACUGAGCCACACAUA